GUAACAGUUUGCAGGGGGAACUAGACUGUGUUCUUAGGACUUGUUUUUCUGAGAGAGGAGAGUCAAACUCUCAUCUCCAGCUCCCGAAGGAAUUUUUCUCCAGGGUAUUGCGAAGAGGCUUCUUUUCCCUUCAGUUUAGCAGUAUCAGCUGAAAAUCUGAGCCAUGGCUCCAAAACCUCAAAAACGAAAGAGAACAAAACAUGCCAAAACCAAAAUGACAUUACCUGUUAGUGAAGAAGCAGAACCCUUGAAUAUGGAGAGCAUGGGUCAUCCAGAAAUUUAUCCAUUAGUGUUAACUACCAAGACCCAGGAAAUAUUUAACUGCAGAGUAGAUGAAGAUGUCACAGAAGAACAACCUUACAAACUUAUCAAGAAAGAAGAUAUUUUUGCAGACUUUGCAAACAGAGCUGCAGUAUCUGAUUUCUACCCAGUCAAAAAAAUUGUUCAGGAAUAUCCUGGAGAUGAGCUUCUCCUUGUCUACGAUAGAGACUUCAAGUAUGGACUUAACUUCUAUCUUAUUGGAACUGAAGAGGGCAAGGAAAACUAUUUAAAUCCCCCAGAACUACCAGAAGAACAAGAAGAAUAUAAAGAUCAUAUUCCUGAAGAAACAUAUAUUUAUAGGCCACCUAUUUCUAAACCAUGGGUUUCUUUGGGCAGUGAAAAAGAAAUCGAAGAAGAAUCAGUUAAGGAAUCUACAAAACAGAUUACAUAUAUGAUUUCUCGAAAACGAAGUGAAUUUGGCGCCCCCGUUAAGUUCAGUGACCAGAACGCUUCCAGUGUGAAAGAUGCCUAUAUUGAAUGUACAGCCUAUCCAGAUAAAAAUUUCACCCUUAAGCAACUUGAGAGAGAUGUUGGCAUGCAAGUAGUCCCCCAAAUCAAGGAAACAAGUACUCAGACAAGAUGGACACAUCCCAAAAAUGCUACUACGCAAUAUUAUCCAAGAGAAUUUUUGGAAGAAGAAAAAGAGGCAUUGGGACAAUCAAAGACUUUAACUGAGUUUCUUAACAGUGUGUCUACAAGUGUGGAAAUAGCCCUACAGCAAAAUGAAAUCAUGAAUACAUUUAUUCAUGACUGGAAAUGCCUAGCAGAAGAAGAAGGCACCUUUGGGGAUAAGACGGAUACCCACCUGAAAGAGUACCAGUCCUUUACUGACCUUCACAGCCUAACCGAGAAGAUGAUCACCUGCGUCUCCUGGCAUCCAGUCAUCUACGGGCUAAUAGCUGUGUCGGUGGCUGUACGACUGUCCUUUGAAGAGAGGGUCCACUUUUCUGGUAAAUUAUUGCUGCAACCAUCACUGAUUCUUUUCUGGAGUUUCUCCGAUCCCAUACAUCCUCAGUUAAUGCUGGAAAGCCCAGAUGACAUCUUCUGCUUCCAGUUCUGUCCGACUGACCCUAAUAUCAUUGCUGGCGGCUGCAUAAAUGGACAGGUUGUCAUGUGGGAUAUUACUGCACAUGCAGAUCGAAUAGAAAAUAUCAAGGCAGGUGGUAGUAGAAGUAAAAAAGUCACUCUCAAGCCUAUGUUUCUCCUUGAACCAGAGAGUAAUAAAGAAGCAAUAUAUAUCAGACACUGUGCAGUCUCCUCAAUAGAAAGUGGACAUAGGAAAGUAAUUACAGAUAUACAUUGGCUGCCUGAUACAUUUGAGAUUAACAGAUUGGGAAAUGUCUUUGAAAAUCGAAGUGGAAUAUCCUGUCAACUUGUCACUUGUUCGGCAGACUGCACAAUAUGCUUUUGGGAUAUCAGACCACAGAAAGCCUUAACCCCUCAACCACAGGCAGAGAAAAAGAAAGAAGAAAGUAUUGAAAUUCCUUUUGAUAUACCAUCUACUUUUUUGCAUCUAGAUCUCAGCUGGAAACCUCUCUCAAAGAUAAGGCUGUCUAAAGGCGAAACAACUUUAGACCACUGCCCAACCAAGUUAAGCCUGAGCGAAGACAAUCUCCUUUUCAAAGCACAAGAAAAAAUAUUAGCCCAGAGCAAAGCAGUGAAGGCAGGAGAAAUGAACCCAUACCAGAAUCUGGAGAAUGCAUUGAGCAAUAUUCUCAAGCCAAUAGAUGACUUCUGCACCAAGUUCUUUGUGGGAACAGAGGAAGGUGAAGUGAUAUACACAGAUUGGAAAAUGGAAAGAGACCCUGAAACUGGCCGAUUUAUGGCAAAGAAGCCUGUGAGCCUCUACACAGUCCAUGAUGGAGCUGUCCACACCGUUCAGAGGUCACCUUUCUACAAGGACAUUAUCCUCACUGUUGGGGGUUGGAACGUAGCCAUCUGGAAAGAAGGUAUUAUGACCGGACCCCUCCUUCAGUCAUGCUGUGCACCAAAAAGGUACACCUCAGGGCACUGGUCCCUGACCAGGCCUGGAGUCUUCUAUAUUGGCCGAGAAGAUGGAUACAUCGAUAUCUGGGACCUUCUUGAGAAAACUCAUGAACCAGCCCAGUCCCAAAACAUCUGUAUAACUAUGAUCAUGUACAUCAAACCCUGGACCUUUUCUGCUAAGCAGCAAUUUAUAGCCAUAGCUGAUUAUUAUGGAACACUGCAUAUAUUGGAAAUUCCUUGGACAUUAAGUCACCCUUCAAGCAAUGAGGUAUCAAGUAUAAGCCACUACUUUGAAAGAGAAGUCAAACAUCUGGAAUAUGUAGAACAGCGCAGAAAAAUUCGUGAACAGGAAAAGAGAGAAAUGGAGCUGGAACUGGAGAAGAAAAAAGUUAAAACGUUUCAGAAGUCAAAAGAACAAUUGGAUGCUGAAUUGAAAAUGGACUACGAGAGUUAUUUGGAACUGGAGAAGACCAUCCUCACCAAUCUAGGUCUAAGCAAAGAGAAAGAAUCAAUGUCAUACGUGGAAUUAGUGUAGAAAAGUUUUCUGUAGAGGUGUUUUGGGGGUCUGUGGGAAUUUUCUUUUUGCUCAUUAUUUUUUAUGUAAGGUGAGCUAGCAAACUAGACAUUAAAAAGAUUUACUUGCACAUAUUAGGUUUUUAUCUCACUACAAUUAAAACUUUUGAAUUAAGCAACAAGAUCUGUUUCGGUUUGGGGACUGAAUAUGUACUAAACUUUGUACUGAAUAUAAAAGGGGUUGACAAUGAAGCUUUCAUUUGCCUGUAGUAUUACAGAGCUUAAGACAUCCACACUCAAUCCUCAGUCAACAUCUAUUCAGAACCCCUGAUCCCAGACCAGAAGGGGAAAUCAAACUUUGCUUCUAAUUAUCAGGUUGUUUUUGGUCACAUCUCCACAAAGUGCUCCCACUGGGCCACUGCACAGAUUAUCAAUUAUCAGGCCAUGAGCUAAACAAAAUAUUAGUAGAUUGAAUCCCGAAAUAUACACUGAAAGAGGGUAACAUAUGAAGAUAUCACACUGAGCUUAUCUAGGAAAUAAAAAGUUAGUGUGACGGUGGUGCUCGGUGGCUCCGGUCACGUCUGACAAGAACACUGGAGUGGGUCACCAUACCCUCCUCCAGAUCUUCCUGACCCAGGGAUCAAACCUGCAUCUCUUACAUCUCUUGCUUUGGCAGGUGGGUUCUUUACUGCUAGCGCCACCUGGGAAGCCCAGUGUAACAGUAGAAAAUACAUCAACAAUUGACUGAAGGAGAGAAUUUAUGAUACCAAAUAAACGCAGUAAAACAUUCACUGAAAUUCAACAGCCACUCAUGAUAAAACAGUAAAUUCUUUGCAACUACAAAAAGAAGGAAACCUCCUUAACCGGAUGCAGGGUAUCUAAAACAAUCCUACCACAAACAUUAUACUUAAUGGUGAAAAGUUGAAAGUUUCCCUCAGAAGUGUGGAAUGAGAUGAUGUGCACUGUCCCGUCUUCUAAUCAGUAUCUGGUUACACUGAAGGUUAACCAGUGUGGGCACACAAAGGCCACAGCAUAUGAAACUGAGUUGUG